AAUCCUGUAAUUUAAUCUCAGCACAUAAACACAUUCGUUGGAUUGGUUGGAAGAUCUACUACAUGUUUAUAAUGGCGGAUGAUGAUGAACAAUUGAUAUCAGAAGAGGGCAAUGGUGAGAACUCAGAUGAUGAUGAAGUCUUCAACAUAGAUGCUAAGAUAAAAAGUGUUAGUCUACAUAGUGACAGCAUCAAUAUUCCUUCUUGGGUACAAAAUAUUGAUUGUCCUUUCAAAUGGCUACAAGUGCGAUUUUCAGAUGUUUCUUCAAAAGAUGUCAUUAACAAAGUGAGGGAAAAAACCGACCUGGAGCCAGGUUCAAACGAUACAUUCCCAUUGGAAAAAUUUGUAAGCAUGCUUACUCUGGUGUUUGAACUGAGUUCCAUCGGAGAGCACAUUUCUGCAUGGAGGGAAUUUAAAUUGUGCGAAGAGUUAUUAGAGCAAGAAAGAAACAAAGAUGGAAAAACUUAUAGCAUGGUGCAAGAAGCUCUGAUCCACGUUCUCCUGUCUACAAAAGUACAUUUGCUGCUUCGAAGUGAUUGUCCAGUUGAAGCUAGACAGGUUGUGCAAGACUUGCAAAUGGUGAAGGAUAUGUCUGUUGAGGGGUUGGCAGCGUUGCAAGGUUUGAAGGCUUGGUUCUUCCAUCACUAUCGUGGUGAAGGAGCACGACUAGCACUGCAGUGUGCUCGUCAAGCUCUUGCUCUCAUUCCCAACUCACCCCUUUGGAUGAUCCUCACUUCUCAGUCUUUGAGACGUGUCCGUAAACUCCAAUCCUCCCUGGAAGAAGUAUCAUCAGAGGAAGUGGAGUUGUUAGAGGGAGCUGUAGAACAGGAACGUUCUCCUCGGCAUUUGUUGUUGCUCGCUCAAGCAUACCGCGAGGCUGGGGAAUGCAAGUUCCAAAAACAUCGCAAUGAUCAAGACUUCUACCACAGCCAAACCUUCCAUGAAAUUAGUGAGAUUCAACAAAAGUCCUUUGAUCUGUACAAAGAGGCGAUUUCACUGCGGCCAGACUCAGAAGUAGUGAACAGACUUUGUGGUUAUGGUCUUCUGAAGCUCCCGGCCUUUAAGUCCGACUACCGUUUGGCAGAGUAUUGCCUCCAGAGGGCUUUGGAACAAGACCCUAGAAAUUCUACUACCAUUCAUGCCCUGGGCCUUCACUACUACAAGAGCCUUAUGGAUUAUGAAAAAGCAGCCUUAUAUUGUGAAAAAGCUGGAAAAUUGGGCAACUUUCCUGCCUCAUUGGACAUGUUGAGAAUGAAACGGCUUGUGUAUGGAAGUAACUACGAUCCUGUGUUUGACUUCCAAAAGCUAUUACAUCAAUACGGAGAUGACCACAUGAAACGACAUGAGAUUCUUUGUCAAAUGGGUUCCUACUACCUCUUCUUUGAAAGGAAUCUUGAAAAGGCUUUGAAAUAUUUUGAAACACUAGUCAAAGAGAAUGCAGAGCUUUCUAUUAUGACGUCACAUAAAUGCACCUUUUUAAACAUGGCCUGCAAAAUAAACAUGUUUCAAUUCAUUGUGAAUGAAGGACUACAUCUCCUGCAGGAAAACAAAGAGAGAGUUUUGGGAACUGAGGAAAAAAAUAUCCAAGAUCUUCAAAAGUUUUUAGAUGAUCUGAAGCUCACAAAACCUGAACUUUUUGAAGUUCCUAUUAAUGUUAAUUUAAUUGACGACUUACAUAAAGUAUCAGAUGAGAUUAAACAGACUUAUGCUCGGAAGAAAGAACGCAGGCAUAGUACUAAGGAAAAAUGGAGAGAGUCCGUCAGCGAAUGGGGAAGUAGCCUUGACAGCAAUGCUCAACAAACAAGCUUGCGACGUCAAAGUGACGGCAAUUUAAACUUCAGGAGGAGAAGUUCAGGGAAUGUGGAAGUAUUUCAAAAUAGAUCAUCAAAGAAACCAAACCGUGCAAAUAAUAAACAAUCUAUUGAAAUAAGUACUUUUGAAGGCAUAAUCAAACAAAGAAGUGGUUCUCGUGAAUUAGACGACAGCAACAUCGCUUUAAAUAGCAAUAUAUUUAGGCAUGGAAGUUCUGAAGCCAAAAUUGAUUUAGGACCAAAUUUGGCGUUAAAAAGUCUUCACCAAAGAAAAAAGUCCUUUGUUACUGAGAGUUUGAGAGUUUUUUCUCAAGACGAAGCGCAGAAACCUCAUGAAAGUGUCAAGAUGGAUGAAUUUGGUUGGUCAAAUGAAUCUCAAAACAGAACACCAAGAGGAGGAAGUGGAAGACCUUAUUAUAAACGGUAUCUGUCUUGGAGUGGGAGUACAGUUCAAUAUAAUCAGACAAACUGGCGCAUUAAAGAUUAAUUUAUGUACAGUAGUCCUCCAACUAUUGGAAUUGCUUACAUAAAGAAUUAAAAAAGUAAGAACAGUACCUAAUAAGAAUCGAUAUUAACAUCGAUAUUACAUCUCCUGCGGUCUUGUAGACAUCACCAUGGUCUCCCGCAGUAUUAUCCUUAUGUGGUACAAUUGAUUCGGAUAAUUGGAGAUCUACCUUAGUUAAAGAGUAUUUUGUGUCUGCUCUCUCAUUGAAAGGUUUAUGAGUCUGCUAUUGUAUUUCUGAAUAUCAUGUAGAAUAAACUCUUUGAAUCAUUUU